UUUAUUUCAUGCUUUCUCUCUCACGCACAACACCUACACCUCUUUCUCUCUCUACAAUCAAUCCAUCACUCUAAACUCGCAAACUGAAAAUUCCCAUGGUGUAAAUUGUUUUCUCUCAGAUCCCUCCCAUUGUUCUUGGUUCCUCUCUCUCUCUCUCUCUCUUCUAUAACUCUGCUCGAGAUUCUGUUGUCCGUACGGCAUUGUUUUUGUUUCUUUUUUGCUGAGUGAGAUAUGAUGCUGUUUCUCUGGAAUUGUUUCUGAGCUUGAAGUAUUUGGAUAUAAUUCAGACUUACCAAUAGAAUUUGAACGGGUCAUUAUUCCCCUAGGAGCUACUAUGACAAUUAGUUGAAUUGAGAAAUUCAGCUUUGAAAAUAUCCCGACGAAGAUUUUCCAGUAGCAACAUCUAGAGUUUGGAUUUCACUGUGAGGCUUAAUUGUAAGCUUGCAUCAGUUUCUUCCUGAUUGGCUUCAUACAAAGAUCAGGAUACAGGUGGAGGCGGCUCACAUGAUAUGUAGAGUUGUUGGUAUUGGUGAUCUUCAAGGAAUAAUUGGUUGUGUUGCUUUUCUGCUGCUAAUCACAUCUGCUCAAAAGUGAGAUGCUGGAGACAGAAUCAUGCCCUUCACGGGUUUUAUCACCUUUCCGGGAGGAAAGUGGUGAUGAAGAGCUGUCAGUUCUUCCAAGGCAUACAAAGGUUAUCGUGACAGGAAAUAACAGAACCAAGAGUGUUUUGGUGGGUCUGCAGGGUGUUGUCAAGAAGGCGGUUGGGCUUGGUGGUUGGCAUUGGCUGGUUUUAAAGAAUGGGGUUGAGGUCAAGCUCCAACGAAAUGCUUUGAGUGUGUUAGAGCCUCCUACUGGUAACGAAGGAGAUGAUGAUUAUGAUUUUGAUGAUUCCAGCAGUGGCUCUGAUAUUUGUGAAAAGGACCAUCAUCGCUUCUCUACUGGCUUUCACUUCAGCAAGAUCAGCAAGCCCAGAGUCCGAUAUAGUAGACCCUGGUUGCCAUCUGUUUCGGCAAAGUCAAUUAAUCGCAGUAGUUGCAGAGAAGUUCAGUCCAAAUGUCAUACGACCCAACCGAGAGUUAAUUUGGCAAAGCUUGGAACUGGAUCAUUGUGGAGAUAUUGGAGAAGCUUCCAUCUGGCGCAUAUUAAUCCUAACCCUACAAAGGAACAACUGCUUAGUGCUAUCCAGCAGCAUUUCUCUUCACAGCAUGUGGAUGAGGUAGAAGUGAUUGUGGAAUUUAUCCGUGCGGCCAAGAAACUACAGUCAGUUGGCACAAAUAGAGAUCUGUGAUUGAUUCCUAAAAAUCAGAUUUUCAAUGCCUGUAAUAUAUAUAUGUAUCUAGUUGAUAUACUUAUGUACCUAACUCUAGUUCACCUCUAAUUAACAGCUAAUUUAGAGACCAUAUGUGCACGAGAGCUUAAUUUAUUCUGCAAUCUCGAACCCUAACCUUGUACCAUGGUGCAUCGCGCUAUUAAUAUUAUGCUUCUUAAUUCUCUCA